GUUGCCCUGCUCCUCGCUCCCUCUGUCUCCCCUCUAUCUGUUCUGUCCUCUCUCUCACUGGCUCUCACUUUCCCUCCCCCUGUACUGUCCCUACCCCCUCCUCACCCUUUCACUCCACCCCCAUUAAGGGGCUCAGUGUGAGCCGCCGCUCGGUGGCUGCGAUGAUCAUCCCGCGGUUUUCCAGCCCCGACUGGACCCACUCUCUGCCUCCAGGUGGGGACAUGAUGCCCAUGCUGGAGCCCAUGGAGAUGCCCAACCACGCCAAGCAGCUCCUGCUACAGUUGAACCGACAGCGCACCAAGGGUUUCCUCUGCGAUGUGAUCAUUGUGGUACAGAACGCUUUGUUCCGGGCCCACAAGAACAUCCUGGCGGCCAGCAGUGUCUACCUCAAAUCCCUGGUGGUUCACGACAACCUGGUGAACCUGGAUCCGGAGAUGGUGAGCCCCGCUCUAUUCCGGACUGUGUUGGAUUAUAUUUACACCGGGGCUUUAGCUGAGGCUGACUUGUGUAAUGAGCAGAACCUGGGGGCUAUCCUGGCGGCGGCCAGUUACCUGCAGCUGCCGGACCUGGUGGCUCUGUGCAAGAAGAAGCUGAAGCGGAACGGCAGCUAUGUUCACAUGAGGGCCGGCCUGGGCCUGGGCCUAGGCCUCGGCCUCUCCUCAUACGGGAAGCUGGGCCGGGGCCUGAGGAGCAGCACCCCGGUUAUUCAGUCCUGUUACUCGGUGGGCUCCAGGCUGCUCGACACACCGCCGGCCCACAGCAUCAACACCCAGGCCGGGGAGCUGUAUGCACCCCCACCGACCCAGAGCUCCCGGCUCCCUGCUGCUGACAUGGGCCUGGCCGAACACGGCUCCCCGCAGCUGCUGGGCCUCGACCUGUCCAAGCGGAGCCCCCUGGGGGGUAGUAGCCAGCCCCGGGAUGAGCGGGAACAGGAGGCCGGACACAGCAGCCCCCAGGCCGGCUCCCUCCUCAGUAACGGCCUAUCGGGCCCCUCUCUGCAGCCCGGGGAUGGGGACAACGGGCUGUCCCCGGACGGCAGCAGCGGCUUCAGGGGAGGACAGGCACCAGGCAGCGACAGCCAGAGCCGGCCUGACCCCUCGGACCAGGCUCUGUGUCAGUGGCUGAAGCAGGAACCGCCCAGUCAGUUCACAGAAGAGGCGAGGCCCAGGCCAGGGUCAGGGCCCGGGCCCAGCCCGGGGGGGCCCAGGUAUCGCACUGCAGCUGGCGACGAGGCCGAAGACGAGAAGAGCAGCUGCGAGGACACGAGCAGCGAGGAGCCAUACGGCCUGGGCCUGGGCCUGGGCCUGGGCCCUGGGCCUCUGCAGCGGUUACAGUGCGGACACAUGAGCUUCGAGCCUGAGAACCUGGGCGAUAACCUGUACGUGUGUAUUCCCUGUGGGAAAGGCUUUCCCAGCUCAGAGCAGCUCAAUGCCCAUGUGGAGAGCCACACCGAGGAGGAGCUGCUGCACCGAGAACUGGCUGAACAGAGUAGCCCCUACGUGGGCAAGAGCAGCCCUGGCCUGGGGGACCUCAUCCGGCCGUACCGCUGCUCAAGCUGUGAGAAAUGCUACAAGGACCCAGCCACCCUCCGGCAACACGAGAAGACCCACUGGCUGACCCGGCCCUACCCCUGCAGUAUCUGCGGCAAGAAGUUUACCCAGAGGGGCACCAUGACCCGCCACAUGAGGAGCCACCUGGGCCUCAAGCCAUUUGCCUGUGAAGCAUGUGGCAUGCGCUUCACCCGCCAGUACCGCCUCACUGAGCACAUGAGGAUCCACUCUGGGGAGAAACCGUACGAGUGUCAGAUCUGUGGGGGGAAGUUUGCCCAGCAAAGGAACCUCAUCAGCCAUAUGAAGAUGCACACAGGAGACUGCAAGGCCAGGCUGGAGCUGGGUGACACGCUCUACCCCCUCAAAGUGGGUGCCAGUCACCAGGACAAAGUGCCUGACCUCCCACCACCAGCCUCACUGCAAGACCCUGCACUCCUCCUACCCCCUGGCCCUGGCUCAGGACCUACCCAUUGAUUUGGGAGCAAGGAGGGGGUUACAGAGUUGACUCAGACUGGAGAGUGUGGGCACAUUCACCCAGGAAUGGCCACUGUGUGUUCUCUUCCCAGCCUGGAAUCUGAGGUCACUGAAUCCAAAUCCUGGGAGGUUCCAGGCUCCUCUCUCCCCUAAGCCACUUUCACAAACUACUCCCCCCUUCUCUACCCUUCCCACCCCAGUUAGACACUUCCCCUGGGAGGGGGUCAGUUACUGUGAGGGGUUUGGAAGCAGGAGGACUGGGGGUUGUAAGGGGAUUGUAUCUCACUCACUGUGAAACUCAUCCAGAAAUGGGGAGCAACCACUAGCAGAGGGACAUGCUGAGAUCCCUUUCAAGGUUUGAACCAAUGAAAAACUGAGAGCUACCACUCCUUGUCUCUUUUAACCAGCUUCCUGUCCAAAGCAGUUUAAACCAAAGCCACUGAGCUCUCGGCACGAGGGGUAGUUUAUUUCAACUGCUUUCAUCAGUUAUUCUAUUCUAAUUGUUUGUGAUAUUGAUGUCUGUCUCCUAACCCUUAUCCCACCAUUUUCACUUGCUCUUACAUUCACACAUUGCAUUAAUCCGAGCCACUUGCCCAGCCAGUUUGGUUUUGGCAUCCCACCCCAUCACCUACUUCUCCAGGAGCCCAGUCCCCAGGUACCCACCUCACCUACCUAGAGGCUCUGUACAUAUUUCAUUCCAAACACAAAUCAGCAAAUGGAACACCGUUCAAACUGUUCAAACUCUGAACACUGUAACCGAGACAAUCACAAGUGAGCUGACAGAGGAGUUACUCACUUCAUCAGCAUGUUUCAGUUGAAUGGCGCAGUCUCCGAUUCGGAUUCAGUCCCAGUGAGAUUUAAAUGGACGGAUCUCUCACUUUUAAAGACAGAAACUGAGCUGGAAAUCAGACACAGGGCUUGGUGAAUUGAAAAUAAAUUUUGCUGAUGCAUUAAACGGAACAAGAGAAAGUUUAUAAAGUGAGAUCGUACUUGACAAACCAUCUGGAAGUUUGCAGAGAUCAGACGGUGGAACGGGUAAGAAGUUAGUUCCUCAAAAUAAACCAGAUAAGUUUGGAGAAUUUGGGCGCCACUUAUUAAGUGCAGUAUUUUAGCAUGAGAUGCAACUUGCCAGUAAUGUUACCUUCAUGUUUUUUGCAGGGAUUUGUAAAGAUUGCCUAUUUUGUAUGGUCCUAUUGAAGCGGGUGGGGGAAAUGUAUGCACAGUGUCAUCAAUUGUGUCCCUGAGACACUCUGCUGGAAAUUCAAUGCAACCAAAGUUGGUCUGUAUAGACUCGCACCCAAAUGGUCUUUUUUUUAAAAAAAAGAAGUUUUAAAAAGCCAAAAUACAAUUCACAUAAUGUUGCAAUACAAGAAAACAGUAUUUUUAUAAUUUUUUGCAUUAAAAUGAAUGUAUUUAUUGCAUGUAUUUGUACUGUUUAUAUUUCCAAUCAGUCUGUAUAAAGUGCUUCGGUGGGAUAAUGUUUCUAUAAUUGUAUUUUUGUAAAUGAGCAAACAAAAAAUUUUCACCGUGAAACUUGUUUCUAUAAAAACACCAAAUAGCAAUUAAAAGGUUAUAGACAUGUC